AUGCGUGUAGCACUCUCUCAGAGCACCCCUUCACCUACGACCAUGGCUCAAGCAUUUACUCUUCCUCCACCCCCUCAUGCGCCCCGUCGACACGCGAGCAGAGCUCAACUCCAUCAUCCUUCGACCACGACUGUUCGACCGGAGCCAAGUGUGCCAUCAAUGCCAACCCAAGCCCCUCGAGAUGUAAAGCCUGUGCAAGUCUCCCAGCCAUCUGCUUCAAAGCCCAUGGAUACGUCUUCGAACGCAGACGCGUCGUCUUCCUCUCGUCAAGGUCGCUCCUUUAAACGUUCACUCAAAGCCGCCUUUUCUCGCUCUGCCCCCUCUUCCCCCGAACGUACUCCUGCUGCCCUCCCCGAAUUCCCAUCCGAGCUUGCGACAACCGUUGCGUUUGUUAAGAACAAGUCCGAGUCGACAAAGCCCGCCAAAAAAUCAAAGUCUUCCAAGAAGAAGGACACCGAGGUUCGUUACCAUGCCGAAAGCAAGAACCAUCGCCCCGUCACAUAUCAGACCGCCGUCGAGCUCAAUAUGCUCUUGGGCGGUGGCAGUGCGGAAUACUGGCUAGCCCAAACUCGGCAGACGGGCGAAGAGGACGAUGGGGUGGGAAACGGUGUCGAGGUGGGCGGAUUCCAAGACGACAGUGGCCAGAUUUGGUGGGAUAUGCAAGAAAAGGUCGAAUUCACCUCGUUGCUCCCCAAGGACGCUCAGGGAGCGCCUGUUCACCAUACGGACGAUAUGUGGGUCGAAUUUGACAAUGGCGGUCGACGGAACAGCACUAGCAGCAGCAGUGCACAGUCGACUAUUAGCUACCUCAGCUCUGAGCUAGAGGAAAUAAGUGGCUCGCUCUUCUAUGGCUAUGGCGCACCGGAGAUGGAGGCCCUCUCGUCCGCAUUUCACGCAACAACAUGCGACUGCGGCGACCGUCUUUCGGCGUCGUCGUCGUCUGAGCUUGCAAUUGCCCGCUCCGUCAUCGCGCAGGCCAACCGACAAAUGUACAACAAGUCGGCGGUUGUGCUUGCAGAUGGAUUCGAGGAUCAUUUCCUCUCGUACGAGUCGGAGACAAACGCAAAGCGUAUCAACCAGCAGCCAGCCGUGCAAGUGAGCAUGGUCAAGGCGACAAAGUCCAAAGGCGGGCUGUUGAAGAAUCUGUGGGGCAGCAAACAGACUGCCCACUGA